AUGUUCUCCAACGGACUCACCACCGGCGUCCUCGCCGUCAUGCUUGCUGGCUGCCAACUCGCCGCCGCCCACAUGUGGGUUUCGAACCCGCCUCCCUUCCGGUCCAAGAACAACCCCAACGCCAACCCCGCCCAAAUCGACUACAGCAUCACGGCGCCGCUCGCCGCUGACGGCUCCAACUAUCCAUGCAAGGGCUACCACUCUGACUUCGGCACCGCUGCCGGCAAGUCCGUGGCCACCUAUGCCCCCGGCCAGGCUUACGAGUUCACCCUUGAGGGCGGCGCUCCCCACGGCGGCGGCUCGUGCCAGGUCAGCUUGAGCUACGACCAGGGCAAAACCUUCACCGUCAUCCAGUCCUUAGUUGGCGGUUGCGGCUUUGCGGCUAAUUACAAAUUCACCAUCCCGGACGAUGCCCCCCAGGGCGAGGCCAUCUGGGCCUGGACCUGGAACAACAACAUUGGCAACCGCGAGUUGUACAUGAACUGCGCCGCCGUCACCAUCGGCCCCGGCAGUGCCAAGCGUGAUGUUGAGGAGGAGCGCAACCUCACUCAGCGCGCCACCGCCGCCUUCUCGUCGCGCCCCCAGGUCUUCCUCGCCAACAUCAACAACGGCUGCACCACCACCGAGGGCAGCGACGUCCAGUACCCGAACCCCGGCCCUGAUGUCGUUACCGGCGGCAGCAAGCUCGCCCCUCCCGUCGGUAACUGUGGUGCUGGUGCUGGUGCCGGUGCUGGUGUAGGCACUGGUUCCGGCAGCGGCUCCGGCAGUGGAAGUUCGUCGAGCUCCGCCGUGCAGGCCACGGUCGCUCCCACCUCCACUGUCGCGCCCGCUCCGUCUUCCAGCGCUGCCGCCUCCAACACCGGUCUUCCUGGUGGCGUCUUCAUCACUGUCCCCGGCUCGAGCGCUAGCGCAUCCGCCUCCGCCACCGCGACUCCCACCACCCUCGUCACCGCCACCUCUAGCGCCUUGCCCGCAGCUACCCCUGGUACUGGCUCCGGCACUGGCUCCGGCUCCAGCUCCGGGUCUGGUAGCGCUACUGGCGGCUACCCCGCCGGCACCGCCUGCACCUCGGAGGGCGCCUGGAACUGCAUCGGCGGCACGUCGUUUCAGCGCUGCGCUAGCGGCACCUGGUCUCCCGUGCAGGCCGUCGCCGCCGGCACCACAUGCAAGGCAGGCGAGAGCGCCACCCUCUCCGUCGAGGCUGCCGCCAGCAAGAAGCUUCGCCGUCGCUUCCGCGGCUCGGCCAAGCUCAUCCUCGCUUAA